AUGCUGCCCAAAAAACACAGUUUCAGUUUAGCUGAUGUAAGUCUAAAAAACACUUUAGGUGAUCAUCUACCUACGGCAAAUUUCAGUCUUAUUGUUUUAGGCAAAACAAAAUUAAUGAUGCUAUUAAUCUUUGGUCAAGAAGAAAAGUAUAAUAGCACUAUAGAACUCCUGAAGUACAUUGAAGAACAUCAAAUUCAUGUCUUAAAAUCAAUUUGCAAUAAUACACUACCA